AUGAUGCCUGUGGAUACUACACCCCUUGACGAACAGAUCCCCGAACCGGGUCAUUGGCCUGUUGAUCCUCAGGAAGAUGUACCUAUCUCCGAGGAUCGCAUCUGGGUCGAUGGAUGUUUCGAUUUUAGCCACCACGGUCAUGCCGGUGCAAUGCUUCAGGCACGUCGUUUGGGGAAAGCCCUAUACGUCGGGAUCCAUUCGGAUGAGGCAAUUUUGGAGAACAAAGGGCCAACUGUCAUGUCGUUAGACGAACGGUAUGUCUCAUCUCUCCUCAGUCAGCUCACAGGCUCUCUAAUCCUCCAGCUGAACCGCAGGGUCUCGGCAGUCAAUGCCUGUCGGUGGGCCACUCAAAGCGUCCCUCAUGCCCCUUAUGUGACAUAUCUGCCUUGGGUCUCUCACUAUGGCUGCAAGUAUGUAGUCCAUGGAGACGACAUUACAUCAGACAGCGACGGCAAUGAUUGCUAUCGAUAUGUCAAAGCGGCCGGCCGUUUCAAAGUUGUUAAACGAACCCCCGGGAUAUCCACGACAGACUUGGUAGGCCGUAUGCUACUCUGUACUAAGAAUCAUUUUAUCAAGUCUGUCAAAGACACGCUCGCAGGAAAGGAGGGAUCGGGGAGCCCCGAAGAACGAGAGGCAUCUGCUGCUGAUCUUCUGCAGAGGAUUCGAGACUAUGCAACCGACGAAAGCGGCCUUCAACCUGGUCCACAGGUCUGGACAUGGACAGGAACCGAAACUGCAAAGAUGGACCAUUUGGUUGAGGAAGCAGGUGUCUUUGAGACUCUAGUGGAUGGGAAGGGCCCUCGGCCCGGACAGCGCAUUGUAUAUGUGGACGGAGGGUUUGACCUGUUUUCUUCAGGUCAUAUUGAGUUCCUCCGCAAAGUCGUGGAGAUGGAAGAGGCAGAAGCCCGUCGGCGAGGUUGGUAUGAACCUGACCAGGUUGCUCUGCGCGGUGGGGACGAUUACGGCCCAGCAUACAUAAUUGCUGGUAUUCAUGACGACGGUGUGAUCAACCACUGGAAAGGAUUGAACUAUCCCAUCAUGAACAUCUUCGAGCGUGGUCUCUGUGUUCUCCAGUGCCGGGUAGGCGAUCCUAGGAAUUUCAUGUCAACCCGCCUGCUGACCCUUUCUCAGUACAUUCAUGCAGUGGUGUUCUCCGCUCCAUUUUCCCCAACUCAGCCCUACCUGGAAUCUUUGCCUCUAGGCGUACCCAGUGUCGUCUACCAUGGACCGACAACCUUUAUUCCAUUAACAUAUGACCCAUAUGAAGCACCCAAGAAGAUGGGUAUAUUCCAAGAGGUGGAGCAGCACGCCUUUCAGCAUGUAAAUGCUGGAGAAAUCGUGGGCCGAAUCUUGAAGAGUCGAGAGGCAUAUGAAGCACGACAACGAGCUAAGCUCCGAAAGGGAGUCGCUGAAGAUCUUGUCAAGUCACAAGAGCAGGCCCAGGCUUAG